UCUCCGGAGCCGAGGCUUCCUCCGCGCGAGCCCGGCGAGCCUUGCCGCGGAUGCCCUGCCCAGAGUGCUCCGUGCCGCGCCAGGCUUGCCCGGGUCCGCGGCGAGACAUGCCCGAGCCAGGCGCUGCACCGACCUCGACUUAUCUGUAAGCUGCGAAAGGAACCAUGGUCAGUAAGGAAACCAGCAAAUGCGUACUCACGACGGCGGCGAGUGAAGUGGAGCCUGCCGCCUGCCUGGCCCUGGAGAUGAAGUAUGCCCUGGAUCCUAACCGGCAGAUUAAAAAGCGGAAUAAAGCCCUGCAGGUGCGGUUUAAGGAUAUCUGCGAGGCGCAGAACGAGCAAAGGGACCCGCAGCUCUCCUCCGGACAGCCGGGGGGCAAGCGGGAGGCCAAGCCCGCGUCCUGCCGGGCCGCCUACCGCAAAUACAUGACAGUGCCGGCUCGGAGGUCCAUCCCCAAUGUCACCAAGAGCACAGGCGUGCAGACCUCGCCAGACCUUAGAAAGUGUUACCAGACUUUCCCCCCGGACCGCAAAAAAGGGGCUCUCAACAGCAUCCCUGCCGUGGAUGCCUUUAAAAGUCAGAACAAUGGGUUUGUGGUAGAUGAGAAGGAGAAGAUUGAGGAAGGGGCCGGGGAGGAGGCCCGGCCGUGGGGCGCGGGCCGGGUACAGAAGACGACGGCCUUGGUUUUCCAUUCUGACGAGCACGUGGACGCGCUGGACCAGUCGGCCGGGGUCAACUGCGCAGGGCCAUGCAAAACCCUCGACCUGCGCCGCUGCCGAGACGCCCCUCCGCAGAACUCCGCGCGGCCCGCCUCCCAGGAGCUGGAGUACCAGCCGCACGCAAAAGCAAAGCACGACAGGCCGACCCCGGACACCGACGAGCCCGCUGCGCCAGCCCCCGGGCGGGUGUUUAAGACGGAGGUGGCCGCCGUCUACGCGCCCGCCCUCAGCGCUCAGGCCCCGGAGCGGGCCUUGUCGAACUCCGCCCCAUCGAGCGAGCUGUCCCUCUGCCCCGCGGCCGACCAGCAGCGGAGGAGAGCGGCGCCGGCCAACGGGCUCCGGGCCCCGCCGGGCGCUGCCGUGACCUGCUCGCCCCCGACGCAGUGCCUGUCCCCCGAAUGUCGUGAAGCGCCCCUGCAGACCCAGGCCCUGCCGGGGCAGGAGCACCAGCCUUGUCCGACAGCGCUCGCUGUGGGCGAAGAAUGCCAACAAAUCGUGCCUCAUACGGAAGUGGUCGACCUGAAAGCACAGCUGCAGGUGAUGGAGAACUUGAUCAGCUCGAGCCAGGAAACCAUCAAAGUGCUCUUGGGGGUCAUCCAGGAGCUGGAAAAAGGAGAGGCCCAUCGGGAAGGGCUUUCAUAUCGGACUGGGCAAGACACAGCUAAUUGUGACACAUGCAGGAACAGUGCAUGUAUUAUCUAUAGUGUGGAGCUAGAUUUUAAGCAACAAGAAGACAAACUCCAGCCAGUUCUAAGGAAACUCCAUCCUUUCGAGGAAACUCAGGUUGCAACCCCGCCUUACUCUCAGGAGACGUCCGCCUCCACUCCCAAGCAAAAAUCCAAAACUGAAUCUAAAAAGCACGGACGAUGGAAACUCUGGUUCCUUUAAAACUCGUGGUGUGUGGAGUCUCAAGGCCGUCUUUAAAACCCACUGGAGUUAAAUGUAAAUCCUUUUCCAAAACGAACAGGAUGGAGCAAACUGUGGCUGACUGGGCACCGCCCCGUUUUCACCCUGCUUUUACCAAAAAGGCCUUUGUAACAGAUAAGUAACAGGAGCAAGGCAGUGAAUGUCACUCCUUGCCAGCUGCUCUUUUGCGGAUGUAAAAAUCUGAAAUGAAAUCUACACAGUCAAAGAUGCUGAGUAAAAAUUCUAUGCCCCCAUCCCCGAUCGGAAAAUAUUACGUUAUCAACCUGCAAACUGGCAGGUGGUCACUCUGUACACAGCUAAAACAUAAUUAUUUUCAAGCCUUUACUUUUUUUAAAAAUACUGAGAAGAAACAGUAGCCCUUACGUUUGCAAAGGACUUCAUUUUUAUGUUUACUUUUGCAAAUAAGCGGGGGGCGGGGGGG